AUGGAUUUUCUCAAGUCUGCGGUCGCUUCCAUCGCCAAAGGCCCGGCGUUCGGCUACUCCUUUGGUGAUCGUGUCGACAUUGACCAGUCCAUUUGGACACUGCACAACGGCACGAAAAGGGUACGGUCGCGUAAAGGGCUUGCACGUGCUUGUGGAUGCUGAUAAGAUGUAGGAAGAUGGUUCGAAAUGCAGCAUAUUCUCCUUCGACGUCAACGCGAACCGCUCCCGCCUACCCCUUGCCCGAAAUGCGCUGAGGAAGUUCAAGACAUUACGACAUCCGGGAGUAGUAAAGGUGUUGGAUACAAUCGAGGUGGGUAUGAGAGCUGUGAGAGUACGGUACAUUUGCUUACCGGACAACAAGCUAGACAGACCAACUUAUCUACAUUGCGACUGAACGCAUCACCCCGCUGAACUGGUCCACGAGACGGAAGGCACUAUCAGAAGAGAGCCUGAAAUGGGGCCUACACAGCGUUGCGAGGACGCUCAAGUUCAUCAAUGAUGAAGCUGCAUCAGUACAUGGGAACAUUCGCGCAUCUUCCAUCUUCACCAGUGAAAGUGGGGAAUGGAAGGUCGGGGGACUGGAUAUUCUGAGUUCGAUGAAAGAAGACGAUGCCAUCAUCUUCACACAGGGCAGUUUGGUGCCAGACAUUGGAAGAUACUCUCCUCCUGAGGUUGCAAAGAACGGCUGGGACAGUGUACGGCGGAAUCCUACACAUGCUGUGGACGCUUAUAACUUCGGCAUUCUGGUGACCGAAGUGUUCAAUGGAGCAUUCUCCGGAUCCGACCAGAUUGGCUCCACCAAAAACAUACCUCUGGACAUGCAGAACAGUUAUAAGCGACUUACUCACGCAGCACCGAAGAUGCGACUCAGCGUUGCUCACUUCCUGGAGCAGGGCUCUCGCAAUGGUGGCUUUUUCGACACUCCGCUCAUACAAUUGACAAAUGGCAUUGACAACUUCGGUCUCAAGAGUGAUGCGGAGAAAGACGAGUUCCUAGAGUGAGUCGAUCCUCUAUCUACUGCUUCGUGGUUCAUGCUGACAGCGCGCGAAGUGAACUGGGUGUAGUGGCAGAAUCCAAUGACUUUCCAGAGGAAUUCUUCAAGGUCAAAAUUCUGCCAGAGCUACUCAAGUCUGUCGAAUUCGGCGGCGGAGGCCCAAAAUCCUUCUCUUUGGUUAUGCGAAUAGCUACAACCCUUUCUGAAGACGAAUAUGACACGCAAAUCACUCCCGUCGUGGUCCGACUCUUCACAAGUCCAGAUCGGGCCUUGCGAGUAUGCCUGCUGGACAACUUGCCAUUGAUGAUUGACCACCUCAGCCAGAAGAUUGUGACGGACAAGAUCUUCCCGCAGAUGGUGACAGGAUUUGGAGACUUGGCUCCGGUGGUCAGAGAACAGACCGUUAAAGCUGUCCUAGUCGUCGUGCCUAAGCUCUCAGAUCGGGUUGUGAAUGGCGAACUGUUGCGACACCUUGCCAAGACGGCAAAUGAUGAGCAACCUGGCAUACGCACGAACACUACCAUUUGCCUCGGCAAGAUCGCGAAGAAUCUAGGAGUCAGCUCUCGGGCAAAGGUACUGAGCGCUGCAUUUUCCCGCGCCCUACGAGACCCGUUCGUGCACGCCAGAAAUGCCGCGCUGAUGGCUCUCGCUGCUACGGCGGACGUCUUCAGCGAGGAGGACUGCGCGACCAAGAUGCUGCCUGCGAUCUGUCCUUCGCUUGUAGACAAGGAGAAGAUGAUUCGUGACCAGGCCAACAAAACGCUAAACAUAUAUCUUGACCGCGUCCGCAAGUAUGCUCAGACAUUAUCCGACACAGUACUGCCAACGCCAGGAACAGCGUCCGCAGGAGGCACCAGGGUCAAUUCGCCGCAACCGUCAAAUCAGCCUGGUUGGACUGGCUGGGCUAUUUCUUCCUUUACCAACAAGCUGGGCUCUGCCACCGGAGAAAUACAGCCCAACGGCACUGGAACACAGACUCCUACAGAUCGUGGCGCAGCUAGAUCACCCGCAAACGGCGUGACCCCUUAUCCUCCGCCCGUACUCAAACCGACCGCAUCCGCCCCUGCUGUUCCAAAGGUGUCGUCCAACCUUCGAAGCCAACCAACCACACCGGCUGCCGUGGUCGAAGACGAAGACUUUGGCGACGGAUGGGGCGGCAUGGACGACGAUCCUGCAGAUGCAUUUGCUGAACCCGCACCGUUAACCACAAGUCAUUCCUCGAAACCCAGUGUGGCCAGUGUCGCAUACGAUGAUGGUGGUGAGCCUGACUUUGAAGGUUGGCUCAAUGCACAAGCACAAGCGAAAGCAGCAUCGAAGCGACCGUUACCUAAAGGCCUGACCAAGAAGUCAACUGGUCCACCGCUGAGGACUACCUCGACAAAACCGAUCUUAAACAAGCCUGCGCCUAAGGCUGUAGUACAAAAGCAGCCGAAGCCUGAGGAAGAUGAGGACGAUUGGAACGCGUGGGGUGAUUGA